AUGUCGGACUAUUUUCCCCGAGAAUUGCUGGUUGAAAUCGUCUCCAGACUCCCCGUGAAAUCCCUCCUACGAUUCAGGUGCGUAUCCAAAUCAUGGCGUUCCUUGAUCUCCUCUUCCAGUUUCAUCACCACCCACCUCAGUCACUUCACCACCACCCACCACCACCUCCUCAUCAAGCAUUUUUCCCUCUCUUCCAACCAAGAAAACUACUCUCUCUACCCGGACACCUCAGCCCCCACCUUCCACCACCAACCUCUAAGCCUCAAAUGCCCAUUCAAAACCAAAUCAAACACCUUCUUCAGGCUGGUUUCAACCACCCACGGCUUGCUCUGUCUCUCCGAUGACCAUUUUGGCUACACCUCCACUCUCAUCCUAUGGAACCCUUCACUCCGAAAAUACGUUACCCUCCCUCAACCUCGUAUCUGCUACGAUUCCUACGGUCCUUACAUGUUCGCUCUGGGUUGCGGUUUCGACACCAACACCAACGACUACAAGGUGGUUCGAAUCGCUUAUGUGCAGCACAGACCGGAUUCUUGGGAACCCAAUUCUGGUAUUAGCCCUCAAGAGGGUUACCUUGUUCCUCCUCAAGUCGAGGUGUUUUCUCUCAGAAACAAUUCAUGGAAACCCAUAACCUCAAAUAUUCCACAACAUCGUAUGGUUGAGUAUUUUUGGUCCUCUGUUUUUGUUAAUGGGGCGAUUCAUUGGCUUGGGUAUUGUCUGAAAAAGCAAGAAGGCCAGAGUUAUAGCAAUGUGAUAAUUGGGUUUGAUGUGGGUGGUGAGAUUUUUAAGGAUUUGAGUCUUCCAAAGAUGUUGGUAGAUGAGUACCCACUGAAUUUAUCAAUUUCGGUAUGUGGGGAAAUGAUAACAGUGUUUCAAUACGACAGUUGGCCCAAGAGUCAGAGGUGUUGUGUGUGGGUUAUGAAAGAGUACGGUGUCGUGGAGUCUUGGAGCAAGCAAUUUACAGUCGAGUUAAGCAAUAUAUAUGCUGUUCUUGGGUUUAGAAGGAAUGGUGAAGUGUUGAUCGCUAAAAGUGAUGGAGAAGUAGUUUUGUAUAACCCCAAGAGCAAUGGAGUGGGGAAGAUUGAGAUUCGUGGUGGUAGAGACUCAUUUUUUGUGGGGAAUUUUGCUGAGAGCCUUGUUUUGCUGGAUGGAGGAAAGCAUGUAAAUUGUUAUGAUGAGGAAGAAGAAGAAGCUGUUUUCAGGGGAGAAGAUAGAGCCAUGGUUGGUUUACUCGAACGUACUUCAAGUAUGCAUUAUGCUUUUGCAGUUCAUUUUCUCAACAACCCAUAUUGA